ACGUGAAAAAGUAACUUGCAUUACUUAUGCCACGUUCCAGGCAACCCGUAACCCGUGUUUUUCCAACCUUCUACCCGUGAAAGUGCACUGGAACAGCAGUCAAACACGUGACUUCCCACCCUUGAACUCGUACUAGAUCAAUGUACUCCCAGUUACGGGUUCUGACGUCAAAUAGCCCGCAAAAAUCAACAAUGGCAGCCCCAUGGGAUGCGGUGUUUAUGCAAGUGCAUGGUAAAAUAAUGUAAAAUAAAAGGUAUAACAGCUUCUCUUGCCUUAUGCGCCGUUUUCCUCCUCUGUUUCCCUCAAAUAAGCAAGGAGUAAGCACCUUUGGCGAUAGAAAUAAUUGUUAAUAAGCCCCGUACGGUCCACUGAGUUGGUUUGUUUACACUUUUACGCAGUUUGGCGUGACUUUCCUGGAACGCUACAAAGUCGUGAGUCGUGAUUUAAAGUUGUGACUUACGGUCUCAAAAACCUGCCUGGAACGCAGCAUUAUUUGAAAAAGUAACUUGGAUAUUUUGAUGUAAAUUGAAAAAGUAAUGUUACUUUACUAGUUACUUGAAAAAGUAAUCUGAUUACGUAAUUCAAGUUACUUGUAAUGUGUUACCGAAACACUGUAUAUAAUAAUGUAAAUAUAUGUAUAUAAACAAAUCAUUCACUAAUAUUUUUCAUGUGUAUAUACAAGGUUUGUUUCAAAGAUCUUUUAGUGGAAGUUGACUGUGCUGUUAUAGAAAUCAUAUUAAAAUAUAUAUGUAUAUAGCAACAACAAAAAAAAGCUUUAAAUUAACAAGGUAACUUUAUAGUUUUUUUUUUUUUAUAUUUAAAGUAAUAUAAAUUAUUAAAAUGGUAAAUAAAUAAAUUUGGUUAGGUAUUUGCCUGUAGUUUCUUGCCUUCAGUACUGUGCAUUAGAAAUUUGCUUACUCUAAAUUUAAGCAUAGCGGGGACUAGGCUGUUUUUUUUUUUUUUUGUACAGAAAGAGUAGCUUACUAUUUGAAUGCUUUACUCAUUGUGAAAAGUCACAGGUGGAUCUUCUCUGAAUGACAGCCGUGAUCCUGCAAGGUUGUACCCUUUCACCUCCAAAUGCUGCCUGGUGACUCUACAGACUGUUUUGCGGAGAGGAUGUGAAACACACACACACACAUACUUGCAGGCAGACACACUCGAGCAUAUAAACAAUCACAGAUGGUCCCACAUCCCAGUUUGUCAUGCUCACAGUGAACUAAUACCAGAAAGCUAUAGAUUUUCUUUGUUUAUGAUGUUUACAUUGCUAGCUUACAAUCUUUUUUAUAGCUUAGAAACUGUUUUGCAGACUGUUCCCAGGUUUAAUGACGUAAACAGUUGAAAAUAAGGCCAUCAGAUUCUAUGGCUGAAAGAAUUCCCACUCAAUCUCACAUUUACACUGUUUUGAAAAGGCAAAACUGUCCCAUACACACACACACACACGGUUCCUCUCUCCAGGGGUCCUGGAACACAUCCGAGUUUGUUUGAAGCCUUUCUUAGAUCAUGGUGAGUGUGGGCUGGGGGUGUUGUGCUGAUGAAAGACCUUUGGUGUGCGGUGUGGUCUCCAGGGCUCUGGGAGAGCUGGGUGCUCCUCCAUUGUCCUAUUGACCAGCAGAGGGACGUGCUGUCAUUCCACACCGACCCCGCCAAACCCCCUCAGACUGGCUCUGCUGGAGGGGGUGGACCUGUCCUGUCAACUCCAUCCUGAUUGAUGGUCCCAAGAAACAAUCCCAUGUCCUGUGAACACUGUAAGCGCUUUCUUUUGCCUUCUCUUCAUCUUGCUCCUGCGCUCCCUCACUUUUCUUCAAGGAGACCUCGACUCUAUGAAUAGAGUUGAUCGUGUUAAAGAGCUUUGAGAAUAUCCCACAGUGGCUGAAAAGAGAUGCGGACAGGGCCGGUGUGAGUCUUGGCCGGCGCUCAUGACAUUGGUGCUUGUGCAGGGGAUACAGAUGAAAAGAAGUCUGGAUUAUUUUUGGACAUCUGCUGAAAUGUGAGCGGUACACAUUCUAAGAUGAAAAUAUGGACUAUUUUUAUCAGGCCAUUUAUAGCAUCUCCUUAAAUUCAAACUUAACAUGGCUGUUGAUUUGCAGGGCAGCUGAUAUGGUUCCUAUUAAGAGAAGAUGCUCAAAGGGGCAAGCUCAGAGCAAAUGCCUAAUGCUAGUAUUUGCAGCAUAAAGGUCAAUAAAAACUCUACAACUCAACCGGACGUGAGCUGCGCAGGGCGCUGUUCUCUCUGAAGCAAAUCUUUCAGGAUGAUAAAGAUCUGGUGCAUGAGUUUGUGAUGGCUGAGGGACUCACAUGUCUGAUUAAAGUGGGAGCUGAGGCUGACCAAAACUACCAGAACUACAUCCUCAGAGCUCUUGGACAAAUCAUGCUGUACGUGGAUGGAAUGAAUGGGCUUAUCAGACACAAUGAAACUGUACAGUGGCUUUACACACUGGUUGGAUCAAAGUUCCGGUUGGUUGUUAAAACUGCUCUGAAGCUGCUGCUGGUUUUUGUGGAAUACACCGAGACCAACGCACCUCUCCUCAUCCAGGCUGUCAACACCGUAGACACCAAGCAAGGCUGUAAGCCCUGGUCCAAUGCCAUGGAAAUCCUAGAUGAGAAAGAUGGAAUGGACACUGAGCUGUUGGUUUAUGCCAUGACUCUUAUCAACAAGACAUUAGCUGGUCUGCCAGACCAGGACUCUUUCUAUGAUGUCGUUGACAGUCUGGAGGAGCAGGGCAUGGAGACCGUGGCCCAGAGGCAUGUCAACAGGAAAGGCACAGACUUGGACCUAGUGGAGCAGUUCAACAUCUAUGAGUCAACCCUUCGUCAUGAAGAUGGUGAUGAUGAGGCUCAGCCUCCUCCAUCCGGACAUAAAAGUCGGCGUCGGGCCAGCGUGGGGGCCACACCUGAGAGGCGGGGAUUGGAACGACGACGCAGCCGAAGACACUCGCUCCAAAAUGGGAAAGGCCACACUUCUGCUCCUACUUCCCCCUGCCACAGCCACACGCCCAACAUCCAGCCCUUUAAUGGCCAGAGAAUUGAAGAUAUCAGCGAAAGAGAGGAGGAAGAGGAGGAGAAGGAUGAGGAGCUUCAGAAAGCAGAGCUCUCUAGACAGGCAUCCGAAAGUCUGUCAGAUGUUAGAUACUCGAACACAUGCAGUUCUUGUGGCAGCAAUGGCUAUGCAGGAACAUAUCCUGGCAGGUCAUCUGGGGUGUCCAGUGCCCCCUCCACACCCUACAACCGUCUUGGACCAUCAGGGGGUCCACCUUCAGACAGGCCGACUCUGGGUGGUUUGUUAACCUCUUCCUACAGGCAGCACCAGGAGUCUCUGAAUGCAGAACGUGAACGGAGGCGCCUGGAGAGAGAGGAGAGACUUCAGCGGAUUGAAAGAGAGGAGAGAAGCCGUUUCAAUCGGGAUUAUGUGGACAAGAGAGAAGAGGUCAGACAAGCACGAGAAGAAAGAUAUAAGCAAAUGGAGCGGCUUGCAGCAGAGGAGAAUGAAAGGGAACGUCCGAGGCCGACAACACGGGGGCGAACAGAAAUCACUCUCAGCCUGAGUUCACGAACCUCCAGCAGCUCCUUGUCUCGUUCUGCCACCCCUUUGACUGUAGAGGCUCAGGAGGAUACAUGCUCAGCCCCACAUCCAGCACAAGGAACUGAGUCAAAGACAAGCCGUCCGGUGCAGGCAGCAGUUGUGCGGCCUUCCUCUGAGUCUCUCUCUGCCUCAGUGUCUGCACCGGUGUCACCUUCCAAACCAGAGGAGGAACAGAGUCCUGUGGAUCCAUCAGACAUCACGCUCUCUCUGUCUCAAACAAACUCUGAGCCAGAGAAACCGGAGACAGAGGAGAAAGCAGAGGAUGCUGAGGCAGAAGUGUGUGAGGAAAUGGUGGUGAGUGGAAUGGAAUAUGAAAAGAAAGAAGAACCAGAAGGACACUUUGAGGAAGAGACUAACAGACCGGGUACAGAGGAGUGUGAGAGAGAGCAGAUGUUAGAUAGGGAUGUAGAGGAGAAUGUCGUCCUGAGUGAGAAGGAGAGGCAGAAUGAGGAGCUGAAUGAGAAAGAUAACUGCUCUGCCUCCAGCAUCUCCUCAGCCAGCAGCACUCUGGAGAGAGAGGAACGAGAGGAGAAACACAUCAGCGACAGUGACUCAGGCCAGUGGGCAGACUGUAUGAAUACAGCGGACGUCAACGAUCAGUGCAACAAUGUUCUCAACAGCAAACGCUUCAUGCUGGACAUGCUUUAUGCCCAAAACAAAAAGGGAGAAGAAGAUGAGAAAGAAAAGGAGAAUGAGAAUGAGAAAGGGUGUUCAGAUCAGGACUCCUCUGUGACCAGCCUCGCUACUCGCAUUUCCACUCUGGAGGCGCGUCGGCAGGCAUGCGAGGAUAACAUGAAGAAAUUGGAAGUGGAGCAUCUCGAUAACCAGGGUAACGUGAGGGCUGUGGCUGAGAAAUUUGGAGAUUUGGUGAAAGGACUGGUAUCACCUCAUGAGGUGGAGCAUGCUGGGAAGGAAAAGCAGCAAGCACAGGAAAAGCCUCCACCGGCUCCUUCACCAACACCCCCCAAAAAGGAGUCAGACCACAUAUGGGACCAGCUGAUGGCCAUGCCACGGGAGCUUCGCAUCAAAGAGCUGGACUUCACGGACUUGGGAGAGGAGGAUGACGUGGACAUUUUAGAUGUCGGUAACGUGAUCGGGCCAAGUGACCUCACGCCACCUCCUCCUCCCUGCCUUCCACCUCCACCACCUUUAUUUGGAUGCCCUCCACCUCCCCCUAUCCCUGGCAUGAUGAUGCCCCCUCCACCACCCUUUUUGGCUUCAAUACCUCCCCCACAUCUUGGAUCUCCUCAGCUUAGUCGAGGAGAACCCCCGCUCUUCCAGAAAAAGAAGAAGACCAUUCGGCUGUUUUGGAAUGAGGUGAGACCUAUAGACUGGCAGUACAACAACCACAAGAGAUGCAGGGAGUCACUGUGGUCCAAACUGGAUCCGGUCAAACUGGACACGGCCAAGUUGGAAAACCUUUUUGAGACAAAAUCCAAGGAGCUGCCAGUUACAAAGAAAACGGCAGCAGACGGGAAGCGUCAGGAGAUCAUCGUUCUAGAUUCCAAGAGAAGUAACGCCAUCAACAUUGGCCUGACGGUCCUGCCACCUCCUCGCACCAUCAAAACGGCGAUCCUCAACUUCGACGAGUACGCCUUGAGCAAAGAGGGCAUAGAGAAAAUCCUGACGAUGAUUCCUACAGAGGAGGAGACGCAGAAGAUUCAGGAGGCCCAGCUGGCGAACCCUGACACUCCGCUGGGCAGUGCAGAGCAGUUCCUCCUCAUUCUGUCCUCCAUCAGUGAGCUGUCCGCCCGCUUGCAACUUUGGGCCUUUAAGAUGGACUAUGAUGCUUUAGAGAAGGAAGUAGCAGAACCACUACAGGAUCUAAAGGAGGGCAUGGACCAAUUAGAAAAGAAUAAGACGCUGCGCUACAUCCUUUCAACUCUGCUAGCUAUUGGCAACUUUCUCAACGGGACCAAUGCAAAAGGCUUUGAGCUGAGUUACCUAGAGAAAGUUCCUGAGGUGAAGGACACCGUUCACAAACAGUCUCUACUGCAUCACGUUUGCUCCAUCGUCGUGGAGAAGUUUCCAGACAGCUCAGACCUCUACUCUGAGAUAGGAGCCAUCACUCGCUCUGCUAAGGUGGACUUCGACCAGCUGCAGGAAAACCUAUGUCAGAUGGAGCGCCGCUGCAAAGCAUCCUGGGACCACCUGAAGGUCAUCGCCAAACACGAAAUCAAACCAGCCCUUAAGCAGCGCAUGUCGGACUUCCUCAAAGACUGUGCAGAAAGAAUUAUCAUCCUUAAAAUUGUGCAUCGCCGCAUCAUAAACAGGUUUCACUCAUUCCUGCUGUUCCUGGGCCACCCACCGUACGCGAUAAGAGAGGUGAGCGUCCACCGCUUCAGUAAGAUUCUGAGUGAGUUUGCACUUGAGUACCGCACCACCAGGGAGAGAGUACUGCAGCAGAAACUGAAACGAGCCAAUCACCGUGAGAGGAACAAGACCCGGGGCAAAAUGAUCACAGAGAGUGAUGAGGAAGAGGAUGAUGAGAGUGGGAAGUUUGCAGGCACUCCUCUGGAGGGUCAGGAGUGUCAGCCGCAGGGUUUGGGCUACACGGAGGACGCGGCCGAACAUGAGCAGAUGACUGCGGUGCUUCGUACCAGCUUGCAGGGCGGCGAUAGUCCAUCCUCUGUGCUCCCUGGCCUCCGCACACGGACUCGAGCCACUCGAGGCCAUACAGCACUUUUGUCUGCUGCAAAUGAAGACACUUCUAAUUGCACAACUGAUACAGCAGAUGAGAUCAUGGAACGGAUUGUGAAAUCAGCCACUCAGGGCCCUAGUCAGCGCACACAGCCCCGUGAGAGGAGACGCUCCAGAGCCAACCGCAAAUCCCUAAGAAGAACACUGAAGAACGGUCUUACGCCAGAAGAGGCACAGGCGCUGGGAUUGGCCAGCAGCUCUGAGAUGCAAGUGUGAGACAGCAGCUGCUCAGGGUCUCAGUGCGCGCGCACACACACACACACACACACACACACACACACACACACACACACACACACACACACACACACACACACACACACACACACACACGAGCUGGAACAGGUCACUUUAGCUCCAGUUUGUAUCAUUCUGGAUCUGGAGCAGGUGCAUGUUUCUGAGUUUGUGUUUUACGAUGGUUAUUGCUGUGGACAGUUUAUAUUCUCACAGGUGAAAGGGAUUAUAAUCACUAACCCCUCAUACUAUACUUAACCUUGGACGUGUAAUCAGACCUUACUUCAUUUACUAGCUUCACCUACGUUUGCAUAUUUCCCAAGGUGGUCUAAGAGAAUAAUUAAAACCACUCAGGUGCAUGUCCACCGCUCCUGCUCUGUACCUGUGGACUCUUAACGUGAUAUCCCAAACAUCCAUUUUAAUGCAUUUUUGAAAGAGAACAAGCACAGUUUCUGCACAAUGUUUGUAGACGCUCGCACACGCAUACACACACACACACACACACACACACACAGCCUGUAGAAUGCUGAUUGUCCAGUUCUCCAGUACAGAGACAAAUGUCCGUCUCUUACCGCUGUGGCCUUCAGAAUGAACCAAAAAAACUGUUUGAGGAUGAAUGGAUGCUCUCCUACCUUUUUUUGCUGGUACUGGCUGUUUGGUUGAACUCAGAUGGCAUUGAAUUCAGCAGUUGCACCUUCAGUGUUCAUAUUUAAAUGUAAAUCAGCAGCGAUUCUCUUCUGUUUGUUUGUGUUUUACCUGUUUUAAAAUAGCAGAGCUUCUUAUGUUACAUGUCCAGUUACGUUCAGUUAGCUUGAAGUUGAGCAAGAAUUAAGAAGAAAAAAAAACUUAACAUAUUUUCUUCAAUUUCUGCUGAACCCUGAAGUCCCCUUAUGUGGACAAAACCUGUUUUACUUGGAUAAAGACUAUCAAAUUACUUUGCACACAAAUUAGAAGAAACUAGAAAGCUGUCAUUCUCUUUUUCACUUCCUCAUACAUCAUCUCCAUAGUGAUACAUUUAUUUCAUAACUUGCAAGAUGCAAAAGUAGACAAUCGUCUAAUUGAAAUGAAAAGACUAGCCAUAUUUGUUUUAAAACAAAAAGCAAUGGCAUUUUUAUCAAAUGAGUGCCUUGAAGAAAUGUUUCAAGAAUCUGAUUAUUGGCAUUUCAGGAAGAAAGAGGAAACAUUCAGAUUUUCAGGCAUAGUUCAUCCUAUAAUGUACCAUUCUGCCAUUGUUUCCUCAUCCUUACAUUGUUUUUAUAUGACUUUAAAAUAUACCCCAUAAGUCUUAUGGAUUACUUUUUGGUGCUUUUUGUUGACAGCUACAGGUCAGUAUGUAUGGAUGUAUGAAAAAGACCUGCAUGACGAUUCUUCAAAACAGAGAAUAUUUUUACUGAACAACAAAAGACACAUGGGUUUGGAGAGCGUAAAUUACAGAUCGAAUUAUUGUUUUUCGUUGUGGUAAAGUCGCGUCAUUGGUUUUUUUGAAAUUUCACAGAUUUACCGCAGACACACAUCCACUGUCUAUGAUAGUAGUACCAUUUAGCACCUUAUCAUGUGUAGCAUGCAAUUUCGAAAGGAAUUGGAAAAUUGAGUACUAUAGAGACGUUUUUUUCACCUUUCCCUCAGAUUUUUAUUCUGAGUAUUAUGUGGAUAAGAGAUUAGAUACGUGUAAAGUAGAACCGUGAUGUAGAGGCUAAACGUGAGACAGAUGCUGUAAAAUUGUGUAAAUGUCACUUCUACAUUUUUAUUAUUUGUUGUGUUCAUGUUUUGUUUGUAUUUUGUAUAGAAUAGUGUAUUAUAGGUCAAAAGCAGUGUUAUUCUGUGAAAAUUCUAAUUUAAGAGAAAAUAAGCCAUGCAUGGUUCAAACAAUAACAAUUGUCAGCAGGCAAUGUCAUUAUAUUGGGGUUAAGUGGAUGGAGCCUGAGACGUCUCGAUACCCUGUGAACGUAGCUUUUAUGUUUUAUGUGUUUACGCAGCACAGACUUGAAACAUUGUCAUGCACCCAUCAGCCCUGCUCAAAUGGCCUUUGAUAUUAUUGCACUCACAUACAGAGUUUCACCCACUGCUACAAGUGCCAUAAAAAGUUGGUUUUGAAUAAAAGAUCGAGAAUGUGAAAAUUUGACUUCUAAAUUCCUAAAGGAAAAAGCAUUUACUGUACUUUGCAAUAAAAAGCUUUUACAGCAACACCCAGAA